AAGUUAUGGUUGCUUUGCUUGACGGGAGGUGCAGUUGGUGAUGACUGGCAUUUGUUGUUUUUGGCUAAUGACAACAUUACGAGCAGAUUCAGAUUUUUAUUUUGAAGAUUAGAAAAUACAACAGUUAGAAUAAGGCUCGUGGAUUCGGCGCCGAGAAAGUAGAAUAGUAUUGUUGUGUUUGUCCAUGCGGUUUUCUAUCUUCUCCGUGGCUUUGUCCACGGCAGUACAAUACAAUAGCCCAUUGCCGCUUGGUAGGCUACGACGGAGAUGAGUGUUUGCGCUUUUGCUAAUAUUUUUUGCAACUUUGUAUUAGUUAUGUUUCAAACUUUAACAUUAUAUCUCUUGAAUAAUCACUCUGCUUCGAUUUUCAUUCGUGGUACAUUUGUUUACAUACUGUAGUUAGACGGUCUUGGUGAGCAACAUGUAGGCCUAUUUGCAAUGAGCAUUAAUGUUAUUUUUCUUCUCUGUAAAACGUGCUCAUACAUGCCCAGUGUAAUUGUUGAACUACACACACAAUCUAUAUAAAAUAUAAUGCAUUCUGCCUAUGCGUUUCUGUUUUAUUGUGAGGUGAUAGUUUUUUGAUGGCCAUGAUAAGGUGUGGUGUACCUGUUUUUGCUCAACUGUGAACAACCUGAAACUGUGGCGAUGAAGAAGAUACAACCAUUAUUCUCUCUGUCAGAGGGUGUUUGCUUGCAAGCCCAAGAGGUCUAGGCAAGAUGGGACUUAAACCGUUUCGUCUAAUGAACACCUUCAGUUCUAAGGUCUACACCCGCUUCCAUACACUUCCACAGCAAUUAUGACAACUUACGGAGGACGUCCUCCAACCUAUCAUGUUGUCCACCCAAUCAAAGGAUCGGAGAAUGAAAGCAUAAGCUACAGUUAUUUAGUACUGCAGUGCAAUACAUGUGCUGAUGUGUUGUGCAUUGAAAUCCACAAGCGAAGGGAAAAGGUGAGAGGAGGAGACCCCAUAGAUGCGAGAAGGAAUACAACAUGGCUGCUUUGAAGAGGGGCUCCAUGAAAAAUGACAGAGGAGGUGAUAGUUAUAGCCAAGUGGGACUACUCGGCUCAGCAGGAACAGGAACUUGACAUCCGGAAAAACGAGCGGCUGUGGCUCCUGGAUGACAGCAAGACGUGGUGGAGGGUGAGGAACGCCUCCAACCGGACCGGCUACGUCCCCUCUAACUAUGUGGAGAGGAAAAACAGCUUAAAGAAGACCUCGCUGGUGAAAAACAUCAAAGACACACUCGGCCUGGGGAAGACGAAGAGGAAGACGAGUGCCCGCGAUGCCUCGCCAACACCCAGCACGGACGCAGAGUACCCGUCCAAUGGUGGCGGAGGUAGCAGCGCCGAGCGUAUCUAUGACCUCAGCAUCUCAGCCCUGGUCAAGUUUGCCUACACGGCGGAGCGGGAAGAUGAGCUGACACUGGUGAAGGGGUCAAGGGUCAUUGUCAUGGAGAAGUGUAGCGACGGCUGGUGGCGAGGGAGUUCUGGAGGUCGGGUAGGCUGGUUCCCCUCUAACUAUGUCCUGGAGGAGGGAGAGGAGGAGGCCGUCUGGGGGGACCUAAGCGGAGGUUACCCAGGACAGGGGGCAGGGUCGGGAGGGGUGACCAACGGGACCACCAGGGCGAUCCACACUGUUCAGACGCUGUACCCCUUCAGCUCUGUGACUGAUGAGGAGCUGAACUUUGAAAAGGGCGAGGUGAUGGCGGUGCUGGAGAAACCGGAGAACGACCCUGAGUGGUGGCGGUGUCGGAACGCCCGUGGACAGGUGGGCCUGGUGCCAAAGAACUAUGUGGUUAUCCUUAGCGACGAUCUAGCCCCCGGGGGUGGGAUGGGCUCGGGCCCCCACUCGCCCCAGAUCAACUACACAGGGCCGGCCCGCGUGGGAAAGUUUGCCGGGAAGGACUGGUACUAUGGGGGAGUGACCAGGCAUCAGGCAGAGUGUGCGCUCAACGAGAGAGGAGGUCAGGGAGACUUCCUGGUCAGAGACAGCGAAUCAUCGCCCAGUGAUUUCUCCGUGUCCCUCAAGGCGAUGGGAAAGAACAAGCACUUCAAGGUUGCGCUGGCGGAGGGGGUCUACUGUAUCGGCCAGAGACGCUUCAGCAGCAUGGAUGAACUGGUGGAGCAUUACAAAAAAGCUCCGAUCUUCACCAGCGAACAUGGAGACAAACUCUACCUGGUCAAACCUCUGCUGUGAACACACACAAAUGCUCGCAUUCAUACAUUUGCACACACACACACACACACUCCGGACCCCGGUGCUCGGCCUGGCCUAAUAACAAGCCUUAUUACCGGACUUGCGACUGACUUAUUGAGCACAGCAAUAUCCACUGGUCUGCCCAUGACCCUUCAAUACAGGUGCUAAAAGUCACCAUAACCUCAACAGAGAAUCAUUUAGCACAGAGAGAGACUCAAAUGGUACAUGUUGGCCACCGUAGCUCAGAUUCCUUUCAGAAUAAUGACACUGAGUCCUGUCCAGAAGUGUCCAGAGAACAGCAUCAGUAAGGGCCCAUCUGUAAGCACCCGUUCUUUGCCUUGGCUGACAACUCCACCUCCUAGUAAAGCCCUGUCGGUGCCUCCUAGGUUUUUGGAGUGAGCACGGAUGGGGAUUUACAGACAAUGGUUCCUUCACGACAGCUACAUACGCUAUGAAAGUGAAUAUUUAAUGUGACCCGUCCCUUGCAGAAAGUAGUAUUACGUUUCCAUAGACCCUUGUACCAGAAAGAAAGGCACCACAAAUGGUACUUGUACUGUAUUUACCAGAUAAGGAAAGGACGCCCUCUGUAGGUGUAUUGUGGAAUUGGACACGGUCAGGAAGCUGCGCGUUGGAUGUCCGUGGAUGUAUACCGCCGACCAUGUGCCACACCCUCAUACUGCUCAAAUGUGCCCCUAACGUUCUCUUCGAAAUCCAUCGCUUUCCUCAACGUCCGAGUGGAAACGUCGCUGACCGAGGAUGGAGAUUCAAGAGCGAUAGGGAAAAACGUUUAGUCUGUUUGCCAAUCAAAGUCUGUUCAAAAUUAGUUUCCUGCUUUUAAAAAUGAAAAACUGUGUCUUAAUGUUACUGAGCACUGUUAUUUAAAUCUUGUUUUCAGCUGUGUAUGUAUAUUUAAAAAGAAGAUUAAGGUGAAUAUAUGAAUUUAGAUACAGCGGAAGGUACUGUACUCCAAGAUGGUGUGGUGACUGAGGGUUGAAAUACUUUUGUUCAAUUAAAAGUUUUGCCGAAACAAGCUUUCUGGUUGCA